UGACUUCCUGUGCUCCCUCCCUCCUGUCAUUGAGCCGUGGUAGAGGAUGCAUUAGCAGCUUGCUGCAGCCAGGUUUUCCGUCUGAUCACAUAUCCUGUGCUCUUUAAAAAUGUCCUUGCAGAGAAAAUCAAAGAAGAUCCACUCCUCGGGGGGUCCAGUCUACUCCUCUACUGGUUACAAGAAGGCAGACGAUGAGAUGUCAGGGGCCACGUCCAGUGCUGACCAGGUGGAGGCAACUACCCGCAUCAUCCUCUUCAAUCAACCCCAGACCUGCAAGUUCAGAGACAACAGAGUCAGCACAGCCAAGUACAGCGUGUUAACGUUCCUACCUCGAUUCCUCUAUGAGCAGAUCAGGAGAGCUGCCAACGCUUUCUUCCUCUUUAUUGCCUUAUUACAGCAAAUCCCUGAUGUUUCUCCAACAGGAAGAUACACCACUCUGGUGCCCUUAAUCUUCAUCCUGACUGUAGCUGGCAUCAAAGAAAUCAUAGAGGACUAUAAACGACACAAGGCGGACAAUACUGUUAAUAAAAAGAAAACAAUUGUUUUACGAGGCGGCACAUGGCAGAACAUGAUAUGGAGAGAGGUGGCAGUGGGAGACAUUGUGAAGGUGACCAAUGGGCAGCAUAUUCCAGCCGAUAUGAUCAUUUUAUCUUCAAGUGAGCCACAGGCCAUGUGCUACAUAGAAACAUCCAAUCUUGAUGGUGAAACCAACUUAAAGAUACGCCAGGGUUUGCCAGCAACCUCAAAUCUACAGUCUACUGAGGACUUGGUUAAAAUGGCUGGAAGGAUUGAGUGUGAAGGUCCUAAUCGCCAUUUGUACGAUUUUACUGGGAACCUACGGCUGGACAGCAGCAGCCCAGUUGCUGUUGGACCCGAUCAGAUAUUAUUAAGAGGAGCCCAGAUCAGGAACACUCAGUGGGUCCUGGGGAUUGUUGUGUACACAGGACAUGACACCAAACUUAUGCAGAAUUCUACUAAGGCACCACUGAAGCGGUCUAAUGUAGAGAAAGUCACCAACAUACAGAUCUUAGUCCUGUUCUGCAUCCUCCUGGUCAUGGCACUUGUGAGCUCUGUUGGGGCCUUGUUAUGGAAUAGGAAAUAUGAGGAGACGAACUGGUAUCUGGGGGAAAAUGAUGCCAUAUACAGUAAUUUCGGCUACAAUCUUCUCACAUUCAUCAUUUUGUACAACAACCUCAUCCCCAUCAGUCUCCUGGUGACCCUGGAAGUGGUGAAGUUCAUUCAGGCUCUUUUUAUCAAUUGGGAUCGAGAUAUGUAUUAUGCAGACACGGACACCCCCGCCAUGGCCAGAACGUCCAACCUGAAUGAGGAGCUGGGCCAGGUUAAGUACUUAUUCUCAGACAAAACUGGAACGUUAACGUGCAAUGUAAUGAACUUCAAGAAAUGCAGCAUAGGCGGCAUCACAUAUGGACACUUUCCAGAAUUUGAGAGGGAGCGCUCCUCUGAAGAUUUCAGCCAGUUGCCAACGACAAGUGAAUCCUGUGACUUUGAUGACCCAAAGCUUUUCCAAAACAUUGAAGGGGAAAGUCCAACAGCAUUGGUGAUAAAGGAAUUCCUUACAUUACUGGCUGUGUGUCACACGGUGGUCCCCGAAAAAGAGGACGAUAAAAUAAUCUAUCAGGCCUCCUCCCCAGAUGAAGGAGCGCUAGUAAAAGGAGCAAGAAAGCUGGGCUACACAUUCAACGGCAGAACCCCAGACUCCGUCAUUAUAGAUGCAAUGGGGACCGAAAAGAGCUUUGAACUCCUAAAUGUCCUGGAAUUCUCAAGCAACAGAAAAAGAAUGUCUGUAAUCGUCCGAACCCCAUCAGGACAUCUUAGACUCUACUGUAAAGGAGCGGAUAACGUUAUAUUCGAGAGACUGUCCAGAGAAUCCCAGUACAUGGAGCAGACGUUAAACCAUCUUGAACAAUUUGCUUCUGAAGGCUUGAGAACACUAUGCCUUGCAUAUGCAGACCUUGAUGAAUCUGAGUACAAGGAUUGGCUAAAGAUCCAAAAUGAAGCCAGUGUGGUUCUGAAGGACAGAGUCCAGAAACUCGAGGAGUGUUAUGAGCAUAUUGAAAAGAAUUUGAUGCUUCUUGGGGCUACAGCGAUUGAGGAUCAGUUACAGGGCGGAGUCCCGGAAACUAUAUCUACAUUGAUGAAAGCAGAAAUUAAAAUAUGGGUUUUAACUGGAGACAAACAAGAAACUGCCAUCAACAUAGGAUACUCAUGUAAGCUAGUUUCACAGACGAUGUCACUCAUUUUGGUGAAUGAAGACUCUCUAGAUGCAACAAGAGAAACUCUCACAAAUCACUGCACUAACCUUGGAGACUCGCUUGGGAAGGAGAACGACAUUGCCUUAAUCAUCGAUGGGCAGACCCUGAAGUACGCGCUCUCCUUUGAAGUCCGUCAGUGCUUCUUAGACUUGGCGCUUUCUUGCAAGGCUGUCAUUUGCUGCAGAGUGUCUCCGCUGCAGAAAUCUGAAAUUGUAGACAUGGUAAAGAAACAUGUAAAUGCCAUCACGCUGGCAAUCGGAGAUGGUGCCAACGACGUAGGAAUGAUCCAGACCGCACACGUUGGAGUUGGGAUCAGUGGGAACGAGGGCAUGCAGGCAACCAACUCCUCCGAUUACUCCAUAGCUCAGUUUUCUUACUUGGAGAAACUCCUUCUAGUCCAUGGAGCUUGGAGUUAUAAUCGAGUAACCAAAUGCAUCCUCUACUGUUUCUACAAGAAUGUGGUCCUGUACAUCAUUGAGCUUUGGUUCGCAUUUGUUAAUGGAUUUUCUGGACAAAUUUUGUUUGAACGUUGGUGCAUCGGAUUGUACAAUGUGAUUUUCACUGCCUUACCACCUUUCACACUGGGAAUCUUCGAUCGAUCCUGCAGCCAAGAUAGCAUGUUAAAAUUUCCACAGCUCUACAAAAUUACCCAGAAUGCAGAUGGAUUUAACACAAGGGUUUUCUGGGGUCACUUUUUCAACGCCCUGGUUCAUUCUCUCAUUCUCUUCUGGUUCCCGCUGAAAAUGAUGGAGCACGAUGCGGUGUUCACCAGCGGACAUGUCACUGACUACUUGUUUGUCGGGAAUAUUGUUUACACAUAUGUUGUGGUGACGGUCUGUCUGAAAGCUGGCUUAGAAACCACAGCAUGGACAAAAUUCAGUCAUCUGGCCGUCUGGGGGAGCAUGGCGAUGUGGUUGGUGUUUUUUUGUGCUUAUUCCAACAUAUGGCCUAUAAUUCCCAUUGCACCAGAUAUGCUUGGACAGGAUUCUAAUGAGACAGGCAGCUGUCUCGCACUGUUGAAAGAUAUGUUGAAAGUGGCCAAUCAAAGUCUCUAUUCACAUGCAAUAAAGCAGUCUUCCAGCCCGGCACCAGAGAUAUGUCAGUGACUUGUAGGAUUUUAAUAAGAGAGCUGCUUCUAUGGAUUCCUAUCUUCCAUACUGACACCAUGGAGAAAAUAAUAGACCUAGCACCAGCUGUCAUAUAAAGCCGAAUAAAUCGUGUCCUACACACCAGAAAUAUUUUUAUGUUUUUCUUUGAAACCCAUGAAAGACAUUUGUAUUGGCUGCUUAUAAUAAUUGCUUGUUCUUCACUCCAUUCUAUCUGCCUUAGCCAACGUAUCAGAAAUAUUCGUAAGUCAGAGCCGUACUCCUUCACCGCCUGCAUACGAGAUGGACAUCUCCACAUCUGCAUUCCUGUGGAUUAUACUAAUGGAAGAUGAACUAAUCAGCAGAAAAUCACUGGUUAUAUGUAUUGGAUGGUCUCCUAGGUUGGAACCUUAUAGCCGUAAGGUCAGGAGCAGCCAAAGCGUUUAUUUCAAGGGUUAUUCUGGUAAUAUCCAGUUAUCCCCUAUCCUCACAGCAAGGAUGAUGGGAAUCGUAGGGUUAGGCAGUAGAUGUCACUCUGCAUUGGGACACAUGCUGCUUCAUAGACCAAGGGGAGCAGAGAAUCCAAGAUGGCGGGUGCAGAGAGGACAACAUUUUGGUAAUAUCAAGUUAUCCCCUAUCCUUACAGCGGCACGGACGAUGGGAAUUGUAGGGUUAGGCAGUAGAUGUCUCGGCAUUGGGACACACAUGCUGUUUUAUAGACCAUGGGGAGCGGAGAAUACAAGAUGGCAGGUGCAAAGAGGACUAUAUGGUCUACGGAAGAGACAAUGGGUGGCCAUGUGGUUGAGUCCAACAAAAAAAAACAGUAUGUGCUUAUAAAUGUGUCACUUUUAGACUAGGUUGAAUGAAUGAGUCUGGCAGGGACUCGCUGUGGUAUACGCUGGCCUACCGAUCGGUUGGUGUGCCAAUGUAUACCACAAAGGCAAGUUUCUCAUUGAAUUUAGCCAAAGGCCAUGUUCACUUGGGAUUUUGGAGUGGAAUCUGGUUGAAAAAUUCCGCAAAGAAAUUCCAUUGUUUUAAAUGGGAUUCUGCUGCACUAUGCACACGAUGGAAUUU